GACAUUCCUGAUCUGACAGUGUUAUAACUUGUAACUAGAACUCGUAGCUGAAGGAAGGCUUUAAAAAUUAAAAAAAAAUACCGACACAGGCCAUAUCGAUUUGUUUACAUUGUAUUGUAUAGAUAUACUUUAUUUUAAUAUUACCAAAAAGGUUUUUUUGUGUUAAACACAUGAUAACAAACGACGAGGAUCUAUCAGAUUUCAUGCCGGGAGCGUCAAGUGCUAAAAGACUUCACUCACAGGAUGGUAGGUUGUUGCUUACAUCGACAAGUCUUAACUUUUGGUCUACUUCGGUCUUCCUAAGUAGACCUUAUGUAUCUUCUUAGUUUUUUGCCGGUCUUUUUACAUUUAAGUGACUGUACAUAUAUGUAUGCUAUCAAUGAUUUUCUAUAUGAUUGUAUUAAACAGACUGCUUAAAAUUUUGUAAAGGAUAAUAUUUUAAAUAUCAUAUUUAGGUGGCUCCAUAUGAAUGUCUGUCUGUCUGUCUGUCUGUCCUGCUUUUGGUCAUAAACACUGAAUCUAUUUUGACGAAACUUUGAAAUACCUACCCCGCUUGUCUAUAUUCUAAUGACAGUGCUUAAAAUGUUUCUAAAAUAGCAUACCAUGCCAGUAAGUGCUUAUAUUUUUAUAUUAAAUUAAAGAAGACAAAAUGAAAUGUACUAUAAUAUGUAUAUAUGAUAAUUUCACAGAUUUAAAUUAUUUUUUAGUCUGUGAAAAUUUAACUUUAUAAAAACACCAAGAAUCCACAGCAGAAAACUGAUUAACAAAACGAGGGUAGACCUUAAAUAACACACGUAGUUCUAUAACUGACUGUCAUUUCGUGAGUAUUGAUUUAUAACUUUGUAUAAAUGUUUGAAAUUAUAGAAAAUCAGUCCAAUUCCUCCGCGGACGAACCUCCGUCGAAGAAAUCAGCGCCGUCUAUACGACUUCAUGCCGGCUUCAAGUGGAACCUGCAGGCGCUGGCUAAGGCCGCGGAUGCUGUGGAGUGCGGAGAUAAAUCUCCAGUGUCCGCCCUCAAUGAGCUCGGCGUCCGAGUGUCCUACACCGUCCUGCGACACUCGGGACCAGCUCAUUGUCCAAGCUUCACUGUAGCCGUCACCGUGGCGGACAUGACCUUUGAGGGCUGGGGUCACAGUAAACGCGAGGCGCGCGCCUCCGCCGCCCGUGCGUGCUUGGGGGCGUUGUUAGCACGUGCGGGGCGGGUGCUCGGCGCCCCGGGACCGCAGCCCGACUUCACCAGCGACGAACCACCGAAAUUUCCUGUCUCGGAGUUCCAGUGCUUGGAAACCAAGAUACAGCAGCAGGAGGCCAACAACAAACCAUCACCUCCGCCCGGUCUUUUCGGCGCGUCCGUCGUUCCUGUCCACAAGAGCCCAAUAAACACGCUGUACGAGAACUAUCCCGGCCUGACGUUCACUUGCACCUAUGGCGAUGGCACGCCAUUAAAUGCACCACAAGCUCCUAUGCAGCUCAGCCAUAGCAUGAGGUUCAAGGUCGUCUGUCAAAUAAAGGACAAGAGGUUCGAAGGUUACGGCUCCAGUAAAAAGCUUGCCAAACUGGCCGCGGCUCGUGUGGCGCUGGGCGAGCUGACUCACGUCAUCAAAGACACCAACGAACAGUCGCGAGCGCUCGCACUGCCACAGCUUUUGGCUGAUCACGUCGCUAAAUUGGUGAACGAGAAGUUCAACGAGCUGAUGAAGGGAGACGCGACCCACUCCAGGCGGAAGGUGCUGGCUGGUAUUGUGAUUACUGUCGACAAUAAGAUAGAGGGGGCCAAGGUGAUAGCUGUCACUACUGGGACCAAAUGUGUCUCCGGGGAACACAUGUCUGUGAGGGGACGGGCUGUUAAUGACUGUCAUGCUGAGGUCGCAGCCAGACGGUGCUUCCAAAGACAUUUAUACGCCCAGCUCCUCAUGUACGCGAACUCAGAGGACCCGUCGGCUCUCAUCCCGGAGUCAGACCUGGAACCGGUGCCAGGUGGUGGCUACCAGCUGCGACCGGACAGGCAGGUCCACUUGUACGUGUCCACCGCCCCCUGCGGCGAUGGCAGGAUCUUCAGCCCUCACGAACACCAUGACACUGAACCCGACAGGCAUCCUAAUAGGUUGGCGCGCGGCCAGCUGAGGACGAAGAUAGAGUCUGGCGAGGGGACCAUACCCGUGAAGAACAGCACCAACAUCGUGCAGACCUGGGACGGGGUGCUGCAGGGCGAGCGUCUCUUGACUAUGUCCUGUUCAGACAAGGUCGCUCGCUGGUGUGUGGUUGGUCUCCAGGGGGCGCUGCUGUCUAGGCUCAUGAGACCGGUCUACCUGAACUCACUGGUGCUGGCUUCCCUACUUCACACUCACCAUCUGUACCGUGCAAUCUGCGGUCGUAUAGAGGCCUACAUAUCAUCGCUGCCUCCGCCGUAUCAGCUCCAACGUCCGUUGCUUGCUCGUGCUGCGAGUACAGAGGCCCGGACGCCAGCCCGCGCUCCAUCAUUCAGCGUCUGCUGGGCAUCAACCUCCCCCGAGCCAGAAGUUAUAAACGCUACAACAGGGAAACUCGAAUCUGGCACACCAUCACUGCUUUGUAAACAGACCAUGUUCGCGAGGUGGCAGCAUUUAGUGCGUCGUUUACCUCUGUUACCUCAGGACGAGACCGGACCCGAGUUACCCCCGCUACCAGAAAACUUGGACAGCUUGCUUUACAACGAGGCCAAGCAGCUAUGUACGACCUAUCAGCUGGCGAAGUCUGAGCUGACGGGCGCGUUCAGUCGCGCACAACUCGGUCGUUGGAUAAAGAAGCCGUUGGAGCAAGAUCAGUUUGUCUGCGAGCUACUGGCCGCUGAGCCCGACGUGUUGUUUCGCUAGAAGGGGGCGCCUGGAGGGUAGCACUCUGCAGGUUAAGGGAUGGGCAGAAAUAGCGAUAGGUUCAGUAGCAAAUAUCGUACAGUUUUCAGGAUAACCUUGCAAACUGAAUACUCUUUAAUGGACUAACUAUAUUGGAGAAAAACUGCCAAUAGAUUUUGGAGUGUCCUGAUGUCAUUGCGUGUUAAGGUUGUUUGGGCUUAAAUGUUCCCAAAUCGUCUAUAAAUUAAAUUCUUUUUACACAAAUCAACCUCCUAGUUUUAUCAUUGGACAUAAAUAACACAGAAAUAUGUCCAAAGAUCAGCGAAAAAAAAAUAUAUCGUGAGUUAGAAACGACAUCCCAAAGGAGACUGAAGGGAAACCUGCCCAGUGUUACCAGCGGGCGCCAUCAAUUUAGCCAACACGUCAGGUUCAGUGAACUCUUCGAAUGUUUCAAGAGAAAAAAAAAAUAACAAAA